CGUCGCUCCUGCAACCAGCUCGAGCCUAGUCCAGCACCCGACCAGAUCUAGCGCAGCCGCCUCAGCCUCCGACCCGCACUCGUUCCCGCCGCGUCGUCGCCUCGCCCGUCUCGCUCUCGUCGUCGUCGUCUCCCUCUCCACCUCCUGCCGACCCCGCCCAGCACUGCCACGAUGAGCAAGAGCGUCCUCGUCCAGCCCAUCAACGUCAUCUUCAAGCACCUUCAGCAGGGCGCCCGCGUCCAGGUGUGGCUCUUUGACAACAUUGAGCAGCGCCUCGAGGGCAAGAUCCUCGGCUUUGACGAGUUUAUGAACGUCGUCCUCGACGACGCCGAGGAGGUCUACGUCAAGGACACCAAGUCGAAGAAGACGGGCGACCGCCAGCGUCUCGGUCGGCUACUGCUCAAGGGCGAGAACAUCACGCUCAUCAGUCCGAUGCCCAAGCCCGUGUCUGCAUGAGCGUGUGCGAGACGGCGAGAUGGACGGAGCGAGCGCGCGAGAGAGGAGAGGCGAGGUGGUGGGUGUUCUUGAGCCGCGGCCGUUGUGUAGAAGCGAAAACCUGUACCAGUUGUGCGAGCCCU